UGCUAUGGUGCUAACGGCUCUUUUCUCCCCAGCCUUCAUCUGCUGUUGGAGUCCGUACUUCCUCUUCGAUAUCUUGGACAAUUUCAGCCUCCUUCCAAACACUAAGGAGCGUUUCUAUGCCUCUGUGAUCAUUCAGAACCUGCUGGCCUUGAAUAACGCCAUCAACCCCCUCAUCUACUGUGUUUUCAGCAGCUCCAUCUGCUUCCCCUGCGGGGAGCAAAGAUCACGGGAUUCCAGAAUGACAUGUCAGGAGAGAACUGAGAGGCAUGAGAUGCAGAUUCUGUCCAAGCCAGAAUUCAUGUAG